CUAUCGCGCAUACUGAUGCGCAGACGUAAUACGCUUAGUGCACGGUGAAUAAUAAUGCGAAGUGUUGUUGAAUAUCUGAAGAUGUCUGGUGCAUACGUACAAGCGAGAAACAGGCUCAUAAAAACGCAUUAUUAUUUGAUUUUUUAAUAAGUCAUUAUGAUCACACGAGUACGUAUGUGAAGAUGUGAGCGCCUGCAUUUGAAGGUUAUAAAACGCUUUAUCUGAUGCUAUUUCCAGCAUUCGCGAUUGCGUGCGAGACUCGCGAUGCAUUACGUACGAUAACAGUAAUUAAUCUCGAUUCACGAUUAUCUGCGACCGGUCUAAAGUGCCAUAUCUUCUCGAUAGACGAGACAUUUGAAUCGCAUCGGUCAGACGCUACAUUAGAUUAGUCUCUUCAUUAUGACCAUCGAAAAAAUCGAGAUGCAUGAAGAGGCUUGUGUUGUUAGAAAACAAUCGUGCCGUAGAUUUUGGCAUAGUCUACCAGAACACAUAUCCAGAACAGUAGAGCAUUUUUUUUAUCGGCUUGGAGUACACAUCGCCCAAAAUCCGUACAAGUGGCUGCUUGGAUGUUUCGUGGCGGUAUUAAUCUGUAUCCUAGGCAUGUUACGUUUCCGGAUUGAAAAGAAUCCUAUGAACCUUUGGGUUCCACCAGAUUCUGAUUUUGUGACAGAUACCGAAUGGCUAAUGUCGCAUUCAUUAAAGGCUCUACGAAUUCAAACGUUUAUUCUAACUGGCGAUAAUAUACUAGAACAGCAGUCGCUUAUCAGGUUAAAUGACAUCACUAAACAAAUGAUUUCUGUUCGAACACCAGUUGAAAACAUUUCUUGGACAGAUGUUUGUAUGAAAAUUCCUUUUAUCAAAGAAAAUAUGUUAAGAGUUAAGAGACAAAGUUCUCUCUUGGAGGACAAUUUUUUUGAUGAUGAUUUCACUGAAGUUAAUAAAACAUUUGAGCCUUCGAUUCAUGUCGAUAGUAAUAUGUAUUGCAGCGUAAUUGAGAGCUUACCUAUGGGCUGCAUUUUGCUUAGUAUUUUGGAUAUUUGGAAUUUUGAUAGUGCUAAAAUUGAAAGAGAUUCUAUGGAAGAAAUUAUCACAAAGAUAAAUACGAUUAAAGUGAGUCCCACAAUGGGUCACGCCGUGAACUUCAGUGACCUUCUGGGAGAUGUAACUUUAGAUGAGAAAGGUAGAAUUAUUGCUGCGACAGCUGUAAGGACUUCUAUGAUGGUUUAUAUUAAUUUUCUCAAUGUGGACAUGGAUAAAAUUGGGAAUUUGGCUGGAACUGCUGAUUGGGCAACAGAUAAAGUAUUGAAAUGGGAAUCAGCUUAUGUGGAAAAUAUGAAAAAUCUUUCAAAUCAACUGCAGAGCGAAAGAAAUGCAAAUAAUUCCUUGAAUCUCUAUUACAUAGCUGGAAGAAGUUUUGGAGAUAUUUCUAGCACAUCCAUAUUUCAAGAUAUAGAUAAAUUAAUUAUAGGAAUUUUAUUAAUGUUUUUGUACGUCUUAACAAUUUUGUCGAAUCACAAUUGGGUGGAAUGGCGAUUUUGUCUUACUAGUACUGGUCUUUUGUGUGUGGGUGCUGCAUUUAUACUUGCAGUGGGAAUAUGUUCUCUGAUCGGAAUCCCGUACGGUCCAGUCCACACGUCAUUGCCAUUUUUGCUUUUGGGUCUAGGAAUAGAUGAUAUUUUUGUAUUUCAUGCAGCUUGGACGGAGGUACACACUCAUGAAUCAAAUUUAAACAAGCCACUCGUAGAAAGAAUCGGCCUUGCAUUAGGUCAUGCCGGUUCUGCUAUUAGUGUUACUUCGUUUACCGAUGUCGUGGCAUUCAUCAUUGGUGCUUCUACAAUAUUACCGUCACUUCAAUCCUUUUGUAUCUAUGCUGCAGUUGGCGUAUUUGUGACAUAUUUAUUACAAAUUACAUUUUUUAUUGCCUGCUUUACCUUGGAUACUCAGAGAAUAGAACAAAAGAGAAAUGGAAUGUUACCAUGUAUUGUGCAUGAAAACUUUACAUCCAAAUCAUUUGACGUGAGCGAUACAGUUUCCUGGAAAUUUAUAAAUUUUCUGUACUCACGGAUAGUAUUGACUACGCCUGGGAAAAUUAUUAUAGUAUUAAUUACUCUUGUAUUGAUGUCUAUCGGUAUUGUCGGUUCGCUUCAGUUGAAACAAUGGUUUGACCCAACGUGGCUGUUACCAAAAGGAUCAUACUUAGAGCAAUAUUUAGAAGUCCAUACAAGGACAUUUCCUAAUUUAGGAUUUGAGGCUUUUGUCAUUAUGGGAGAUGAUAUUGAUUACCCCUCUGAAUUUUCUAAGAUAAUAUCUAUGACAGAACGCUUACAGAAUGCGUCUUUUAUAAAAAACAUAGAACCUUGGCCGAUUGAUUUCACAAAAUUUGUGUCGACGUAUUUCGCCACAGAUUUAAAGACUACGAAAAUCGCGGACGACAAAUUCCAUCAUUAUUUAUCGAAAUUUCUUUUUAGUCGAGCUGGUGGUAAAUAUCAAAGAAAUUUCAUUUUCAAAGAGAAGUUUAGAUGCGGUAGAAAUGCCCCACAGAUUGUAGUCGCAACCAUUGAUUUCACCUUUAGACAAUUUAGGAGUCCUGACAAAUGGAUUCCAGCGAUGGAUAAUAGUAAACUGCUAGCAAGUGAAGCACAUAUUCAUGGAUACGUAACAGUGUGGUGCAAAUUGUUUGGAACUUGGACUACCGAUAAAUUAAUCAGUCAAGAAGUGUUGCGAAACGUUAUCCUGGCAUUAAUCUGUGUUAUGGGUACCACAGCGUUCCUUAUCGCCGAAAUGCAGACUUGUUGUUGGAUUUUACUCUGUGUACUUCUUACCUUACUAAAUGUAUGCGGCUUCAUGUAUUUCUGGGGACUAACGAUAGGCGUAGUGUCCUGCAUUGGUCUCGAGCUCGGCGUCGGUUUAAGUGUGGAUUAUGCCGCACACGUCGCACAUGCAUUCCUGAAUGCUGAGUCUCGAGAAGAUGACGAUAAUGCUCGCAGAACUCGAACAUUAAUCGCGGUCAGACACAUCGGCGCAGCAGUUGCGUAUGGUGCAGGUUCGACGCUCCUCGCCGCCUCGAUGCUGAGCUUCUCGUCGUCCUACGUAUUCAUCACCUUUUUCCGGAUAUUUUUUUUGGUAAUUUUGUUCGGGCUCUGGAAUGGACUGUUCCUAUUACCGGUUGUAUUAAGCAGCAUUGGACCGCAAAGUUUACGCGUGAUAAAACAACCACAACCGAUGUCCGAGAAAGCCAUUACUGCGACCGAUGAUGAAGAUUGAAACAGAAAUACAGAUAGUUUGUUUAGCCAAUGCUCUUUCUUUAUCAAUAAUAUUUAUUUUUGGUUCAAUAAACAUACAAAAUUAUUACACUAUCCGUACUAUUAAUCACACAUUUAUACAAAAAUAAUAAUUAAUAAUAAUAAUGAUAAUAAUACGUUUGAUAACUUAAAAACGGCAUUAUUUAUAGAUUUUUAUAUAUAUGUAUAUAUAUUACGAUUAAAAAAUUAAGAAAUAUUAAAAAACAAGUA